GGGCUUCUUGCCACCACUCUCAGCAGCUGCCUCGGACGAUGCGGCUCCUCGGGAAACUCCGCGCCUCCCCUCCAGAACCCGCUUUCUCCAACGUGCUCACGCCUGCCCGCAUCCCCGAGUUCUGCAUCCCGCCGCGGCUGCCCGCGUCCUGCGCGUCCGAGUCUCCGCUUCCGGCCGCCGCUCUGCCCCGGCGCUGCGCAGCCGAGCCGGACCUGUGGCCCAGAGCAGCCGACGACAGCGCGGGGCACACGGACUGGGACCCGCGCUCGCAGGCAGCGCUCUCGCUGCCGCACCUGCCCCGCGCGCUCACGGUCUACGGCUUCUGCGCGCUGCUCGAGAGCCCGCGCAGCGCCGUGGUCCGGCGGAGCCGCCAGGCCGCCUUCGACCAGGACGUGUGCUUGGACGGACUGUCGGAGGAGCAGGUGCGCCGGCUGGCCGUGCGCGUCAAGGCCGAGCAGCGGGGUCGCGGUCUGGAGCGGGGCCGCCUGCUGGGCCAGGGCGAGCUGCUGCUGGGCCCCCUGCUGCCGCCCUGAGGGCGCCCGGGCCUCAGACCGUCCCCUCGGGGCGCCCUGGGCCCGCUGGGAACUCGGACACGGACAGCCGCCUCGGACAAAAUAAACGCUAUUUAUUCAUUUUCCAA